AUGGCCGUCAACACGGAUAGCGCGGUGCUGGUCCAAAGGGACCCGUCAAGCAACGGAGACUUCUACGACACCGAGAAGUUGUUGAGCGCAGGCGGCGCGCACCCUCCGGGCGGCCCCGGCGCAGUCGGCCCUGCGGUCAGACGGCCGUCCGACUCGCUGGACGUCCGGGCCAGCGUCCGCUCGCUGGACGCCGAGCAGAACGGUCACCGUUCGCCGCUCAAGUCCGGCUCGGUGGGCCAGCUGGCGGCCGCGCCCAGGUCAUCGUCUCGCCUCAGUCUGGCGUCCAGCGUGCCGCCCGGUCCGGUGCCGCCCAGCUACCUGUGGCUGGCCGUCCUGUCGUGCCUCUGCCCCGGCGUGCCGCUCAACGUUUGCGCGCUGUGGUACGCCAGCGUGUCCCGCUCGGUGCUGAACAACGGGGACGUGGAGGCGGCACGCAAGUAUGGCCGUGUGUCUUUGCUGCUCAGCUGUUUGGCCAUGCUGCUGGGCGUGGCUGUCAUCGUCUUCAUCGUCUUCACCAUCGGUAAGGAGCUCGGUCAUUGGAACUCCAGCACAAACCCUAACCUCAGCAGGAGCAGCAUCACCACCUCCUUUGGACUCUGUCCGAAAUUUUGCACAAGGAAGGAGAAAGAGGAGGAAAAGCACAAAUCAAGAAGAACUGAUGUGACUGAAGACGAGUGA